CACACAUAUACAUCAAUCUCUGACACAAGCCUCGAGAGGCUGAUUUCUACCCCCUGAGCUCAGCGGAGCGCGGGAGGACACGAGCUGAACUAAUGGACAUACAUUCCUCCAGGAACAUGAAGAAGCCAAGGACGUUGCGCUGCGGCAUAAAGCUUUUCGUCCUGUGCCACGGCCUCCUGCAGUUCUCUCAGCUGCUCUACAGCUCUUAUUUCAAGAGCACCAUCACCACAAUUGAGAGACGCUAUGGCCUCAGCAGCUACUCCUCAGGAACCAUUUCCUCUCUCAACGAGGUCAGUAACAGUGUGCUGAUCGUGUUCGUGAGCUACUUUGGAAAUCGGGUUCACCGUCCUCGCGUUAUUGGAGCUGGUGGACUACUGAUGGCUGUCAGUGCCAUGAUGCUGACCUUACCUCACUUCUUAUCCCAGCCCUACGAAUACGACUCUGUUUUACAUAAUCUCCACGACAUUUGCAACCUGCAGAAGAACUCGAGCAGCCCUGAAUCUUGUGGCCGUGACGAGACCAGGCGUCUGGCUGACACCAACAACCUGUGGCUGCUCAUGGCCACUGCUCAGCUGCUCUUUGGUGUUGGCGCGGUGCCCAUCCAGCCCUUUGGAAUAUCCUACAUAGAUGAUUUUGCAGGACCUGGCAACUCCCCUCUUUACAUAGCCGUCCUGUUUGCAGUGUCCGUGUUUGGGCCUGCCAUUGGCUACCUGCUGGGCUCAGUCAUGCUGCGGCUGUAUGUGGAUGUGGACAAAUUUGGUUUAGGAGCCGAACAAGAGCUGAGGCACGGUGAUCCUCGCUGGGUCGGGGCCUGGUGGAUCGGCCUACUCAUCACCACUGGCUGCCUGGUUCUCACCUCCAUCCCCUACUUCUUCUUCCCUCGUAGAAUGCCUACAGAAGAUGAUGUGAUUGGAAGCGAAAGUGACAUGAGUGAUGACUUCAAGAAGCCAGAUAUCUCCUUACUUGAUUUCCUGAAAAUGUUUCCCAGAAUGUUUGUCCACCUCCUGUGGAGCCCUCUCUUCCUGAUGCUGGUCCUGGCCCAGUGCUGCUUCUCCUCAGUGAUUGCGGGUCUCUCUACGUUCCUGAACAAGUUUCUGGAGCGGCAGUACAGCACUUCGGCUGCCUACAGCAGCCUGCUAGUAGGUGCUGUGAAUCUGCCAGCAGUAGCAGUGGGAAUGCUGGUUGGUGGGAUCAUCAUGAAGAGGGCAGGUCUCUCUCUGAAGACUAUCCCACGUUUCUCUGUGGUCGUGCUGACCAUAUCCACCCUCCUCUGUAUCCCUCUCUUCUUCAUGGGCUGUCCCACCCAGAAAGUCUCAGAGGUCAAUCAUCAAAUUGGAAAGUAUGGGUCACUAGCCACGUGUUACUCCAACUGCUCCUGUCCUGUCAGCGCCUUCAACCCCGUGUGUGGUUCUGAUGGUAUCGAGUACAUUUCUCCUUGUCAUGCAGGCUGCACCAACUUCACUAAAGACCCCAACAACACCCACAGGGUUCAGCUGUAUACCAACUGUAGGUGUAUAUCUGGGAGCGAGAGUCACGCCCGCCAAACUCCCUGUCCCAACAGCUGCCCUCAUUUACUUCUCCCCGUCAUACUCGUCAUGUCUCUGGCAUCACUGAUUGCCUGCCUCACUCAUAACCCCAUGUACAUGAUGGUGCUCAGAUCUGUUCCCCAUGAAGAGAAGUCAUUUGCGAUAGGAAUCCAGUUUUUACUCAUAAGAGUAUUAGCCUGGCUACCUGCUCCUGCUCUAUACGGGAUGGCCAUUGAUACAUCAUGUAUCUGGUGGAAGCGUGUAUGCGGAAAGAAGUUCAACUGUGGUUACUAUGACAACAACAUCUUGAGGAACCGAUACUUGGGGUUACAGGUGGGCUAUAAGGUCAUGGGCAUCGUCCUGCUGAUGAUGCUGGGGUGGAAGGUGCAUCGGACUCAGGAGUACAGUCUGGAGAAAAGGCCCGAAGCACUACUGUGACCCUGCUGAGCGUCCGUGUUGAUCGAAGCCUCUCUGUUUCUUAAAGCUUUGCUGUGGUGUUAAACGUUUUGAAGAACAGUGCGCUGAGAAAAGCUGUGUCAGUGGGAGGAAGCCACCAGCCAAGAUAGGCCUACACUGACCUCAAUUUCUGUAGGCCCACCUCUCUAUGUGGUGCUUAACUGGUUGGAGUAAAAAUAUAUAUUUUACAAAUGGGAAAAUUUAUCAUGUUUGUGGAUGCUUUAACGCUUAUGUUUGGAAUUACUCUGCCAAUAUGAACCACUCAUUACAAGUUAAGAGAGGACAGCUGAAACACCUCUCUUGUGUGGUACCUCACAACAUUUUACAUGGAUCUGAGACAGGGAUGAGAAAUCUGACCAAUGAUAAAACAACAGAUAAUUAUCUUUGUAUAUUACUUGUUCCUAUAACGUAGGAAUCUAUUCAGGUUUCUAUUUGCAAUGGAAACAUACUCUGUAACUAAUUAACUGUAUAGCUUAAUAUUUAAGUUUAUUUUUUAUAGAUGUUUGUCUCAUACACAGAGACAUCUGUGAUAACUGCAAUACUCAUUUCAUAUAACAUCAAUUAUACUUGAUUAAAAUGCAAUGUUAAUGAAAUUUCAGAUAUCAAGUUACUCGUAAAUUGAAUUAACCAUACACAUUAUGCUAUCUACUGGUGCGGUUAUAUGGCUGUUAUCACAGUGGAGUGCAUAGAUGUGUAAGUAUUACUGGCUAAUAAAAAUUAUACAGUACAAGUCAA